AACUCUACUACUCUUGUGUAACAAACAGAACAAAAAAUAGUGCACAAUUAUUUCUUAAACAAAAUAAAAGAAGUGCUAUGCCAAUAUGCAAGAGUGAAUAGUAUUCCACCGAUUGGUUGUUAAAAAAACUGCAAAAUUGGACAAACCCUUUGUGACUUUGUACGACAAAGAGAGGUCGUACCCACCAGCAGUAUUCGGAGGAACAGCACCAUCAGCGAAGAUGGUACUACUUCCAGUACCACGCAACCUCAAAGAAAUAGCUCAGAUAUUUCCGGCGAGGAACAAAUUGUGCAAGAAGCUAAAAUCCAAAAACCGGGACAGUGUGCUUCUAAUAAAACUGCCUCCCCAAGGAGAGUCAUCAUUGGCUCGACUGCUAAACUAAAAGACACAGCACAGAAAAGCAAACACCGUCGUAAACAGGAAACUACUGCACCUGAGCAACACAUCAAUAGCAAUAGCACCAACACUCACCAGCAAUUUCAUCAAUCAGCACCAGCAGUGGAGCCAUCUCAUAGUAAAAGUAAUCUUUGGAAUCGUUUACUGCGUCAGAUUUCAAGCAGCGCUCUAAGUCCCAGGCAAGAAAAUAGUAAAAACGCAAAACAGUUGAGCGAAACCAUUACCAAACAUAUUAACUGUAGUCCAAGAAAGGCCGUGACAGUAAUCAAUUUGCCCAACGUUGAGGUUUUUGGCCUCGAGGCGACGGAUUCUGCCGUUGCGGAACAUUAUGAGGAAACAAUGGAUGGUGAAUCGCAGCCGUCUGAUGAAGUCAAUAGCAAAACAAUUCGAGACGCUGGUGUAGUAUCCACGGAUAACAGCAAAGACAAAGACAUGCCAGCAAAGGCUGUUGUGUCCCCGUCCCUGACCUCGACCCCGACUCCAACCCCGUCGCCAGCAGCAGAUGCCAAACCGAAGAAAAUGGAAGCUAGAAAAUCAUCGUCUGAUACGGGGAUAGAGCCUGUGCUGAAACAGCAGCUCACCGGCACAGGGUCGCAGUCGAUGACGGGCCCAUUGCCUUUCAAAGCGCCGUACGGCAAGGCCAGCAAAGCGGGGAAGGGGACAGACAAUUAUGUUCGAUUUGUGCUCAAGAACGUCGAGCAAUCCAAUCGGAAUGCCAAUCCUUUGCAGUUUGAGGAACUGGAAACGGAAUUUCCUCGAGAUUACGAUGACAACAUUGAGAUGCUGUCGCGUGAAGCGGAGCACUUGGAAGAGCAAUUUCGUACACCAACGCGAUCGAACACAACAGAUGCGGCUAACCAUCAAGUAGCUGGCAUUAUUGAGAACAUCAUUACUGAGGCGUCGCGCACUGUUAAGACUGAGAAGACCCAGGUUGAUGUGCCAUGUAAACCUGCCAACAAACAGUCGACUGGCGGAAAGCGCGUAGGCUUCCAAGUUGAGGAGAAGGUGGAUUCUGAGGGGCAACACCAUGAAACUCAGCCAAAGGAUUUUGAAAAUUUAUCUAAGCAAGCAGAGAGUGGGGAUGCAAUCUCUGGUGACUCGUCGGUUCCUGGAACAGAGACAUCGGUGUCACUGCAGCCAUCAUUAGCAUCUACUGCAUCAGCAACGUCAUCAGUAACGUCCCUAACGAAAGAGCGUAAAAGUGAUGAGGAUGAUGAUCCGGUAGCGAUGUCGCCCUGCGGACGCUUCUUCAAAUACGACAAAGAAGUCGGUCGUGGUUCCUUUAAAACCGUUUAUCGGGGCCUAGACACUCUAACAGGAGUACCUGUUGCCUGGUGUGAGUUGCUGGAUAAGCAAGUGAAGAAAAGCGAACGUACCAGGUUUCGAGAAGAAGCGGAUAUGUUGAAGAAAUUGCAGCAUCCUAACAUAGUGCGUUUCUAUACAUAUUGGGAGUUUCCUAUAGGACGGAAAAAGAAUAUAGUACUAGUCACUGAGCUAAUGUUAUCUGGUACUUUAAAGUCGUAUUUGAAGCGAUUCAAGAAAAUACACCCAAAGGUAUUGAAGUCAUGGUGUCGUCAGAUCUUAAAAGGUCUAAACUUCCUGCAUACUCGUCAAUUUCCUAUAAUUCAUCGUGAUUUAAAAUGUGAUAAUAUUUUUAUAACUGGCACCACUGGUAGCGUUAAAAUCGGUGACUUGGGACUGGCAACUCUGAAAAAUCGGUCCCAUGCUAAAUCUGUGAUUGGUACACCUGAAUUUAUGGCACCCGAAAUGUACGAGGAGCACUAUGAUGAAUCGGUAGAUGUUUAUGCUUUUGGCAUGUGCAUGUUGGAAAUGGCCAUAUCCGAAUAUCCGUACAGCGAAUGCAAAGGUCCCGCCCAGAUAUACAAAAAGGUUAUAUCUGGCAUAAAGCCCGCAGCUCUCUCAAAGGUUGAAGAUCCCAAUGUGCGAGAUAUUAUUGAGCGCUGUAUUGAGCUGAAAAAAGAGGAUCGUCCCAGAUGCAACGAGCUGCUGGAAUCGGAAUUUUUCGAUGAAGACAUUGGAAUACGUGUGGAGCCCGCUGCUUCGGAACAGUUCCUCUCAGACCCCAGCAUAAGCAUCAUUGAGUUUAGAUUGCGAUUCAUGGAUCCAAAGAAGCGCUCAUCAAGGCACAAGGAGAACGAAGCCAUCCAGUUUGAGUACAACAUUCAACACGAUGAGUACGAGCAAAUUGCCCAAGAUAUGAUGAAGGAGAACAUUAUCUCUGAAGAUGAUUCGCGUGCAGUUGCCCGCCUUUUAAAGGUCCAGGUUGUGUCCUUGCUUAAGGAACGUGCUCAGCGUCAAACACAAAUCAAGCUUCAGAAUGAGAAAUCACGACUGGAGAAACUCGCCUUGCAAAAGCAGCGUGAAAGCUUGCCGACGAACGUUGAAGAGGAGGACGAUGAAGAAGAUGAAUCUGAAGACGAGGAGGAUGGCGUUAAAUGGAAUCAGCGACUCAAGUAUGAAAUACUAAACACUGACUCGGAGACAAGCUUGGUCACCUCCACAAACAGUGCAGAUCCUCAGAAUCUAUUGACUAGAUCAUCAACUUCCAUUCAAAACGGCGUUAACCCAUUGCAACAGCUGCAACAGCAACAGAUUCCCCAGUUGGUGUCAGGACAACAAAAGGUGAUCGCUUCUCCUGCUAUAGCGCAAGUGCAGCAACAUUCAACAACGGUUCAUUAUAUUCAGAACCCCCAGAUAGCUUCAUAUCAAAAUGCCACAAACGCCAUGCCGGACAUUGCGAAUGGGCAUGGGCAUGGCAAGGUCAUCUCACCCACGGGCAAUCAGCAGCAGCAACAACAACAACAGGCAGUUCCCCAGCUACAGGCGCCUCAACAGUCGGCGCCAUCGGCACAAUUGAUAGCUCAACAGGUGCAGGUGCAGCCAGUUGUAGUUGCUGCUGUCAUUCAGCAACAACAACAGCAACAUCUAAACGAACCGCAGAAGGUGCCACAAAUACCUUUGCAGCAACAACUUCAGCAGCUUAUGCAUAGCAAUUUGCCGGCAACGGAUUUGGUGCAGCAGCAACAUCAACAGCAAUAUUAUCAGCCGCAACAAACGCAGGCGUUGCACCAAGUUCAGCUUACACAACAACAACAACAACAGGCCUAUGCUAUGCAACAACAACAAAUGCAACCACUACCAAUACAGCAGCAACAACAGCUGCCAACAUCACAGCAACAGCAAAUUCAACAUCAAAUGCCAGCACAGCCCAUUCCACAACAAUCUGUACAACAACAACCUAUGCAACAACAACCUAUGCAACAACAACCUAUACAACAACAACCUGUACAACAACAAGCGGUUCAACAACAACCUAUGCAGCAACAGCCUUUACAACAACAACCCAUUCAACAACAACCCGUUCAACAACAACCAAUGCAACAACAACCAAUGCAACAACAACCUAUGCAACAACAACCUUUGCAACAACAACCUAUGCAACAACAACCUAUGCAACAACAACCUAUGCAACAACAACCCAUUCAACAGCCAUCUGCAACACAACAACAGAUUCUUCAGCAACAUCAUUUGCAGCAGUUGCAACAACAGCAACAGUUUGUACAGCAACAACAACAGUUCCUUCCAAAUGCAUUAACACAACCGCAUCAAAUUCCAAUUUCGACGCAUAACCCUCAAAUGACAAUGCAGCCACUUGUUGUCAGUGCCCCUCAAAUCAUGGCACAGCAACAACCGACUGCUAUGUUAAUACAAGGACAAAUGCAGGUGCCUCCAACAAUGCAUCAGCAGCCUUUGUCGACCACAUACAGUCAACCUCAGCCAGCUCCGCAGCAGCAGCAACAAAUUGUUCAGCCAAUUCUUAAUGUUGCUGAUGUUCAGCAACAACAACAACAACAAACUCAACAACUAGCCAAUCAAAUGCAGCAGCAAUUCCUACAAAAUCAACAGCAGCAGCAACAACAGCAACCACUGCAGCAACAGAUACCUUUAGAACAACAAUUGCAACAGCUGUUACAUAGUCAGCCACAAGCUCCGAUUGUGCAACAGCAGCAACAGCCUCCGCUACAAGCUGAUCAACAUCCACAGCAACCACAACAGCAGCUGCCAAGUAAAGCAAUUAAUCAACAAACAGCUUCUGUUGCACAGGAGCAUGCAGUUGUUGUUACUCAAUCGAACUUUGAUGUGGCAACGCCAAGUGUCGAGCCACAGCAGACAACUUCAGCUUCUGUCGACGCGGAAAAGCAGCAAAAGCAACAACAAGGUACUGGAGGACGCAUACAAAAACCGCGACGGUCGAAUCGUAGCGGCAACGAACGCGUACCAAAGCUAAGUGUAACCAGCGUGGAUGAGGGAAGUGUCAUCAACUGUCAUAUGGAAAACAAGCUAAAAACAAUAACAUUCAAAUUUGACAUCAGCGACGUCAAUCCAGUGGAAAUUGCUAACAAAUUGAUUGCCCAAGAUUUACUGUCGAAUUGUCAAAGUACUGUUUUUGUGGAAAUGAUUAACGAUAUUGUAGAGCAGGUUAAGCAGAAUCCACACCAAAUUCCAAUCCCAACCUCUUAUCGCCGCAACAUUGAGAAGCGGGAUGAAACCGCCAGCGACAUCACUAAGAUGUUCGACUCUACAGUAAACAGCGGAGAUGGAAUGGGCGCAGGAGGUGCCGCUGAUGCAAUUAACACAGAUAAAUCCAGCACUGGUGAGGGAAGAGUACGUGACUCGUCUGUCCAAAGCAAUGCAGAAUUGUUAACAAAUGCUGCGACGCCACCAACAACCACUUCAACAAUGUCGUCGUCGUCCACAACUUCAAGGGACGCGGGCAACAAUAGCAAUGAUGUGACAAUUGGUUCUGGGUCAGUUUCUCGCAAGACUAGCACCGCAUCGGAGUAUACAUCGCUAUCCAUCGACUAUAUGCCGGACAGCGCUAUUACGCCAACGGGCAAUGAAGCGUUCCAGCCACUGGAUGGCUGCUUUUACAAACCCCAAUCUGAACAAAAAGCACGCAGUCUGGCCAUAAGCCGGGUGCAAAUGCUAUUGGAGUCAACACGUAGCGAGACGAAGCCCAGAAGCUUGAAUUUGCCACUGAAUCGACAAUUGAAAAUUGUGGAUGAUUUGAAACACACCAGAAGCUUGGAUGAUCUGAGUGAAGUGAACAUCACAUUCGAGAUGCCGCCCAGCAAGGCGGCCAAGCAGGCCGCAGAUAACCACACAGCAAAUUCCGACAAAUCCAAAGAGAGUGGUGUCCAACUAGGUGCUGUUCAGCCUCCUGGCGCUGCGAAUACCCUGGAACAGCUUAAGAUCGAGCUAGAAAACAUAACACACGCACAUGCGUUCGCCUCCGCCGUAGUGGCUUCCAUUGGCUCUCGUCCUAAUACUUACCAAGCCUCUCCAGCAAUUGCAUCGAUGAAAGCUCUGUCAGCUCAGCAGCCGGUCUCGUCCGACACAGUGGUUAACAAAUCAAAUAGCACGGGCGGAGGCAGUGGCUCGGCUGCCUCGUUUGGACAGAAUACACCCACCGCCGUGUUGAAUUCAGCACGUGGUACAUCGGUGUAUAACUCACGCCGCACGUCAAUUGACAACAGCAUGGGAUCAGAUAUGCAACUGCCCGCUUCGAGCCUCAACAUGAAUCAUGAGGGCGUCAUCGCAGGUCUUGACAACACGCUUUACCUUGAGGCUGGUGUAGCUGGGAACGACAAGAAGCUGGUCAAACAGGAAAGCCUGGAUAAAGUAUCGAAUUCAUCGAAUGCCGGCGGCGAGUCCAGAAAUCCCAGCAAUGGAGCACUCAAUCUGAAUUCGAUAGCGGAUUUAGAGAAGAAAUUGGCUGCAUUACGUCAUGCUGAUAACACAGAGGAGCCGGCUGUUGGAGCAGCAGCGACAGCUACAGCUGCCAAGCCAUCAGAAGAACCUGUGGUCAGUGUGAAUGCUCGGAAAAUUUCGAGAUUUAGCGUUAGUCGCGUACAGGAGCAGAAGACAUCUACGGAUGAGGCUCUUCAGCAUCAGCUAAAGAUUGAUCUGCAGGUUGCUGGCCAGGGCCACAACUACAAUGCAAGCAACUCUGUCCAGAAUGGAAGCAUGGUCAAUACACCCACUGAGCUCAUCAACUCUCCGAUACAAAACGUUCCGAUGGCCAUUAAUGGCAUCCAAUUGAUUUAUCAGCAGCAGCAGUCCGCUCCAUCUGGUGUAGGCGUGGGCAUGAUGGUGCCUCAAAAUCAAGCUGUUCAGAAUGGCACUACACCUCAGCAAGUACAGCAUCCACAGCAGCAGCAGCAACAACAACAACAACAGCAACAAAUGCAUGCAAAUAUUCCACAGCAACAUCAACAGCCAGCAGUAAACACUCAUCCACAAAUGGUGAAUACUGUGCAGCAGCAACAACCACAGCAAAUUGCUAUGCAGCAAAUACCGCAUCAACAACAGGUACAACAGCAGUCAGCGCAAAUCAUGCCACAACAGCAGCAGCAACCGCCACAACAGCAGCAGCAGCAACAACAACCAAUAAUGCUCCAGCAGCAACAGCAAGCUGGCCAACAGUUUGCCAUGUCAACAUCACAGCCACAACAGCAGCAACAUGCACCACAGCAGUAUAUGCAGGCGCAGCCAAAUCAAAUGCAUCAGUUGACACCACUGGUCAUGGGCAUGGGAGUGGGCGUGGCCCAAGCAAUGCAGCCACAUCAACUGGGAGGGAUGCCCACGCAAAUGUCAGCCUCGCAUCAGUUGCUCCAGCAGCAACAACAUCAGCAACAAGCAUUGCAACUUCAAUCUCAUCUGCAGCAACCACAACAAAGUGUGCCAGCCAUGUACAACCAGCAACAACAGCCAAAUUUUCAAGUUUCUGCAACGGGCCAGCUGCUGCAACAAGCGCCGCUGGUAGGCAGCCAGCAGACAGCCCAGCCCAUGCAGCAUGUCCUGCAGCCGCUUUUUAAUCCAUCUGUUGCUGAAGUUGCAGAGGAACCCGUGUCAUUGGCGGCCACUCAUCCACACCUGUUGCCGAGUGAUAUUCAAUCGGACAUAAAGCACAAUCUGGACUCAUUGGUCAAUCAAUUGUGUAACACACGAUUAGGGACAAACCAACACCAGCGAUUACUGCUUCUGCGUCAACGACAGCUCAUAGAGGAAGAUGAGCUUCGUUUAAAACAUUAUGUAGAAUACGAAAAGUUUCAGAAGGCGCUGCGCCAAUCACUAAGCACAAACGCUCCAACUACUACCGCAUAUUAUUCGCCAGCUGCUGCACCGGUUCAAACAAACUUGACAGCUCCAGCAACAGCACCACCAAUAUCGUCAAAUACUACAGCCGCAGCCUCUACAAAUACAUAAACGUUGAAUCCAUUUAGAGUUGCCGUAGUCGUAUCCCAAUUUCAUGACAAGUCAUUAAAUAUUUCUACCCAAUUGUUCGGCAACUGAACUGGCAUGAUUUUUUUAAAGCAUGGAUCUGCUGUUUCGAAAAUAUGGAUCUGCUGUUAGUUAUUAAGUGAAAAGUUGUCGAAUCAUGAGGGAAUCGUCUGUAAAUAUGUAGUCACACCGUUUUGAGUUGAUUUGCCAUUGUUUCGCUUGUUGUUUUAAUUUCGUUUUGAUUUCCCCAUUCAUAUUCUUUAAAUGCAAUGCUGUUUCCUCUCAUUUGUUUUAAAUCAAAAUGAAGUUUCGGAUUUUUUUUAAGCAACUUGUAAAUUUGAUUAGCGCUAAAGUGUAAAUAAAUAUUUCAAUAAUAUCAUGUACACUCAUACAUCAAUAUACAUACUUAUUAUUAUAUAUAUACAUACUAUAUAUUUUAAACCAUCAGUGAUUUAUGUUUUUGCGUAGUUAAUAAAUAAAUAAACUUUUAUUGAACUUAAAGUGAUUG